AAUAUGGCGGAAUCAUUGGCCGCCGUCGGGUUGUGUGAUAAUUUUAUAAGUGCAAUUUGAGAAUUUUGCGCGAUUCAUCCGCGAUUGUGAUGAUAAAAGAAAUAUAAAUAAUUGUGUACGCAUACUCACUGCUGAAUAAUAGACCUCAAACAUCUUUAACUGUUAAUUCACUCCUAAAAAUGUCUAAACGGGCUGCAUAUGGUGAUGAUGAAGACAAUCCACCUACUCCAUCUGAUGAUUCUGACUUUGAUGAUGACGAGGACCCAGAUAAUUUGGAAGUGCCAGGUGGUGGAAAAACAUUGGCAGCAGCUGCACGAAUGGGAGUUAAGGCGAAGGUUACUGCGGCGCCACAAACCAUUACUAUCAGACCCACCACAAACCCAUUAGCUGCUCCAUCAGGGCUAGCAUUUGGCCAGGCAUCGAAUAUUAAACCUAUUAAAAUUCAAGCUAGUUCUUUGACAAAACCAUUAAGUCUGGGCAUUGGACGAGGAGUUGUGCCAGCUGUCAGGCCGGUCGCAUCAUUCGCCGGUGCCGGCUCGUCGGCCGCGUACAACGCCGCUUCACUACUCGCUCAGAUGGAGUUGGUGGGAGUUCAGGGCGUGAACCCGUACCUCCUGCAGAACUUAAACCAGAUUCUCGUGUCCGGGAUGGGCAGCAUGCUGGGCCAGUACGGACAGAUGCCGCCCUGGGCACAGCCUAAGCCCGGCAUGUGGCCGCAAGACAAGAUGCCAGGCGAUGAAGAGGAAGUAGACGAUGAAGAGAUGGGCGUCGCAGAGACAUACGCGGAUUAUAUGCCUACAAAGUUGAAGCUGGGCCGCAAGCAUCCGGACCCGGUGGUGGAGACGGCGUCCCUGUCGUCCGUGGAACCGGUGGACGUGACGUACUCGCUGAGCCUGCCCGACGAUACGAUCCGCGCGGGGCUGCUGUCCGCGCUGCAGCUGGAGGCCGUCGUGUACGCGUCCCAAGCGCACGAGCACAUGCUGCCCGACGGCACGCGAGCCGGCUUCCUUAUUGGUGAUGGAGCUGGUGUGGGCAAAGGUCGAACGAUCGCUGGCAUCAUCUUUGAGAAUUAUCUGAAGGGCCGCAAACGUGCUAUUUGGGUCUCCGUGUCCAAUGAUCUCAAGUACGACGCGGAACGGGAUCUCAGAGAUAUUGGCGCUGGCAAGAUUGAGGUUUACCCGCUCAAUAAGUUCAAGUACGCGAAGAUCUCGUCGGCGGUGAACGGCAACGUGAAGAAGGGCGUGGUGUUCUGUACGUACUCUGCGCUGAUCGGCGAGACGCAGUCCUCCAGCACCAAGUACCGCUCGCGCCUCAAGCAGCUGUUGCAGUGGUGCGGCGAGGACUUCGACGGCUGCAUCGUAUUUGAUGAGUGUCACAAAGCGAAGAAUCUGUGCCCGGUGGGUUCCGGCAAGGCCACAAAGACCGGGCUAACGGCUCUCGAACUGCAGAACAAGUUGCCGAAAGCGCGCGUCGUUUACGCCUCAGCCACUGGAGCCUCGGAGCCACGCAAUAUGGCGUAUAUGGUGCGCCUCGGUAUAUGGGGAGAGGGGACGCCCUUCCCUACGUUCAUGGACUUUAUUAACGCUGUGGAAAAAAGAGGAGUAGGUGCUAUGGAGAUAGUGGCUAUGGACAUGAAACUACGGGGCAUGUACAUCGCGCGCCAGCUCUCCUUCCACGGCGUCAGCUUCAAGAUCGAAGAAGUGCCGCUCUCCGACGCCUUCAAAGAGACCUACGAUAAGGCUGUCGCUUUGUGGGUAGAAGCAAUGCAGCGAUUCACGGAGGCGGCUGAGUUGAUCGACGCAGAGUCGCGCAUGAAGAAAACCAUGUGGGGGCAGUUCUGGUCUGCGCAUCAGCGUUUCUUCAAGUACCUCUGUAUUGCAGCUAAGGUGAAUCAUGCGGUAGUGACGGCGCGCGAGGCGGUGAAGUGCGGCAAGUGCGUGGUGAUCGGGCUGCAGAGUACGGGCGAGGCGCGCACCCUCGACCAGCUCGAGCGUGACGACGGCGAGCUCAGUGACUUCGUGUCCACCGCCAAGGGCGUAUUCCAGACAUUGGUGGAGAAGCACUUCCCCGCGCCGGACCGCGCACGCAUCAACCGGCUGCUGGGCCUGCAGCCCGACAAGCCGACGCCCGCGCCCGCAUCCGCGCCUACGCCCGCCUUCACAUAUAACGGACGCAACGGCGACGAAGCAAACACGUCUAAGAGGAAGUUGACGGCGCGGCAGCAGGCGAACGCGGCGGCGAAGCGCGCGCGCGGCGGCUCGUCGUCGGACGAGUUCGUGCGCGGCUCGGACGAGUUCGACGCCGAGCCGGAGCCCGACGCGGACGACGAGCGCGCCGCCGACGCGCGCCUCGACUCGGACGACGAGCGCCGCCGCGCCUCCGACUCCGACCUCAGCGACUUCAACCCCUUCCACGCCGGCAGCGACAGCGACGACGAUCCAUGGGUUGGACGGAAAAAGAAGCCGAUGAAAAAGAAGAAAGCAGCGUCUCCCAAGAAGAAGCCAUCAAGCACACAAGACAAAAUAGAGACAAUGUUCGAGAAAAAGAACAGCACAGUACCAAGCACGGUAACCGUCACGACGGCCGGCGGACAUAGUUUGACCGGAACACCCGUAGGGACAAAUGGACUUUAUCUUGGUCCGUCGCGCAGCCAGCCGCCGCCGCGGUCCGCCAUCGAGCGAGCGUGCAGCAUGAAGGAGGAGCUGCUGGCCGCCAUCGAGCGGCUCGGUAGACGUCUGCCGCCCAACACGCUCGAUCAGCUUGUCGACGAGCUCGGCGGCACUGAGAACGUGGCCGAGAUGACGGGUCGCAAGGGACGAGUUGUGCAAACGGAAGAUGGGCAGAUAUUAUACGAGAGUCGGUCAGAAGUGGACGUGCCUCUCGAGACCCUUAACCUUACCGAGAAGCAGCGAUUCAUGGACGGCGAGAAGGAUGUGGCCAUCAUAUCUGAAGCAGCAUCCAGUGGUAUCUCAUUACAAAGUGAUAGGAGGGCACGGAAUCAAAGGCGGAGGGUGCAUAUAACACUGGAAUUGCCGUGGUCAGCGGAUAGAGCUAUACAACAGUUUGGUCGCACGCAUCGAUCCAACCAGGUGAACGCGCCGGAAUACAUCUUCCUGAUCUCAGAUUUAGCGGGAGAGCGGCGCUUUGCUUCCACGGUGGCCAAGCGCCUCGAGUCGCUCGGUGCGCUCACGCACGGCGACCGGCGCGCUACCGAGACGCGCGACCUCAGCCAGUUCAACAUCGACAAUAAGUACGGUCGCAGUGCGCUGGAGGCGGUGAUGAAGGCGAUCAUGAAGUACGAAACGCCGCUGGUGGCGCCGCCGCGCGACUACGCCGGGGACUUCUUCCAGGACGUGGCCAGCGCGCUCGUGGGCGUCGGACUCAUAGUCAAUAGUGAAAGCUCGCCCGGAGUACUGUCGCUUGACAAGGAUUACAACAACAUGUCGAAGUUCCUUAACAGGAUAUUGGGCAUGCCAGUCGAUCUGCAGAACAGGCUCUUUAAAUACUUCACAGACACAUUGGCAGCGGUCAUGGAGCAGGCAAAACGCAGCGGGCGUUUCGACCUGGGCAUCCUGGACCUGGGCAGCGCGGGCGAGAGCGUGCGGCGCGUGCACUGCGUGCGCUUCCUGCGCCGCCACGCCACCGGCCGCGCGCCCGUCGAGCUGCACACCGUGCAGACCGAGCGUGGCAUGGACUGGAUUGAAGCGCUGGAAAAGGAGUCGGAACUGUCCGGGCCUAAAGAAGGCUUCUACCUGUCGCAGCAAGCGCGCAACGACAAGUACACGGCCGUGCUAUGUGUCGCCGCGCACACCAACACCAGGAAAGAGAAACUCACUAAGAAAGAGAUCAUGUUCCAGAUAUACAGACCGAACACAGGCCUCCAACUUCGGCUUGAAUCGUUAGCGGAUAUUGAGAAAAAGUACAAAAAAGUAACGAGUACAGAGGCGGAGGGACCUUGGAAGGCACAAUAUGAGGCCUCUCUACGCGUUUGCAGUCACGCCUACUGGCGAGCCGCGUGUAGGAAUGCGAGCGAGUGUGAGGUGGGCCUGCGCGUGCGCACGCACUACGUGCUGGCGGGGUCGGUGCUGGCGGUGUGGGCGCGCAUGGAGGCGGCGCUGGCGGCGCGCGCCGCGCUGCACAAGAUGCAGGUCGUGCGCAUCAAGACCGACGACGGACGCAAGAUCGUCGGUACAGUUAUCCCAAAGAAUUGUGUGGAGUCAUUGAAGGAAGCUCUGGCAUCGGAUGCUGUCUCAGUAACUGAGCAAAACUUCGAGACUUCAGACGCGUUAAAAUGAGCUCUGUAUGUCUAGAAUUUAAGACUAGAUUAGCGCGGAUCCCACUCACAGUUCCUCUAUCUCUCUUUAUUUAAAUAUACUUAGUUCGGGACCAUAAGACAGUUGUGUGGUCCUCCAUAGGGAGGUACUUGUGGGAAAGUGGAUGAGUGGCCUUAGCCUUCUUGGAGAGGCAGACCCGGGUCUCGGACGUAGUCAAUUACGGGCGAUAUGACGGUACGACUGAUUUAAUUUUGCCUCCCUCCCUCAACUCCGAAUGUAUCAAAUCGCAAUAAUUCAGAUAUUCGAAAAAAAUUAUCUUCGUAUGUUUUGAUUAAGAUAACAUAGAUAUUUGUAGAUUUACUUCUAUUUAUAUUAUUGUAAUAGAUGUUCGGAUGAGGGUAAGCCAGAUAGGUCAAUGAGGUUACGUUUCCAACAUUUGUUUUGUGAUAAGUCUUCUAAAAGUGGUGAUGUAUCUAAGAAAAUGUGUUCAUGUGAACAUUCUCUUGUAUUCUGCUUUAUAUAUUUAAAAACGUUUAUGAAAUAGAGCCUUGCGCAUUCAAUACUGAAUUAAUUCAUACAUACAUUAUCUGACAAUUACUGUAUACGGCUGAUAUAAAAACAACUUUUAUAAAGUAGUUGGUAAUAAUAGUAAGUUGGCAGUACUACAUACAAAAAUUGUUUGGUUUAAUACCUACUUUAUGUGACCCUAUGAAAAAUUUAAACAUAAAUUGGGACUAGUCGAUCAAUAAUCUCCUUAUUAUAUAAAAUAAGACAAUAUCUCUCUGAUUGUUUUAAAGUCAGAUUUUUCUGCGAAUACUAACAAUAUUUACUGUUAAUAUGAAAUAUUUUAAACACUUAUUUCAACUCAAAAAUUCUUCAAAUAUUCUUCAAAUAACUAUAUAUUUAACAUCAUUUUAAAAUUAUUUUUAUAAAUAUAUAUAUAUAUAUAUAUAUAUAUAUAUAUAUAUAUAUAUGACUUCUAAAUAAGAGUACGUAAAAUAGUGUUUACAUUCGUGGAAAAUUUAAGUUGGAACAGACUGAGGGAAUAUUUUGUAACAAAUAUUAAUAUUAUUUUUCAGUGGCUGUGUAGCAUUUUGGAUAUUCUGAUUCACUAAUAAUUAUAAUUUAUAAAUGACACGAAUUAUAUUUAAGUUUAUACUGAUGUAUAAACGAAUUUCUAAGCCAAACAUAUUUUAUUUUUAAAGAGGUAAUAUUGAUUAUUGUAAUUAGAAUAAAAUUUAAUAAUUCAACAUGAUUUUUAAUUAACAUACAGAUGCACAUUUUUAGACAUUAGCAAAGAGUUAUUUACAUCUGAAAAAAGAUUGGAGAAAUAGAAAUGUCUGGAGUGAUUUCAGAUUGUGUUUUGCUCACUUUUACAGAUCGCUGUAUUUCCUGAUUUUUAGCUUAAUUUCGAGUGUAACAAACGUUCAGUUUACUGGGAUGUUGUGUACAAUUUUCUCUGCCACAAUAAUUAGUGUAGAAAGUUUUGUUCAAAUAAAGAAUUUUAUUGGGAGGUACAGGUAGAAAUUAAUUUAUAAUAAAUGCCGUUUAUAAUUAAACGAAUUGUCACAUCUCAAAUUAUUGUCUGGUCUUCUGUGUAUAAAGACAAUUAAAUGUAUAU